CGUCCGACGAUUGUGGCCGUAUUCCUCAUUUACUUGCGAGUUUGGCAAGACGUGUCGUAAGUUUCAACCGCGCGUUGUGAGGUGUACGGUUUAGUUAAUUUAAUUGAAGAUUUGUGUUGAAUAAAAAACGUCAAAAUGGGCAUGGCCAUCAAUAAUUUACCAGUGAUUCGCGAAGAAUGCGAGAUUCUCCACCUAACAGACAAACAGAUCCGGGAGAUCAUGAGCCGGCUCCAUAACGAUCUCAUAAAGGGGCUCGGCAAAGACUCGCACGCCACAUCCAUCGUCAAAUGUUGGCUCACAUACAUUCAGGAUUUACCCAACGGGAAAGAACGUGGUAAAUUUUUGGCUCUGGAUUUAGGAGGAACUAAUUUCCGAGUUUUAAUUAUAAAUCUUGGGGAAAAUCACUUCGAUAUGCAGUCAAAAAUUUAUGCUAUACCUAGUCACAUCAUGACCGGUACCGGAGUCGCAUUGUUUGACCAUAUAGCAGAGUGUCUAGCCAACUUUAUGAAGGAACAUAACGUGUAUGAAGAACGCCUAGCCCUUGGCUUUACGUUUAGUUUCCCUCUAAAACAACUGGGGCUCACGAAAGGAAUCCUUCAGCGCUGGACCAAAGGGUUCUCCUGUAGCGGGGUGGUGGGCGAGGAUGUCGUCCAGGGCCUGAAGGAUGCGAUCGCUAGACGAGGGGACCUCUCAUUGUCUGUGAUGGGUAUCUUAAAUGAUGCCACUGGCACUCUAAUGUCCUGUGCACAUAAGGAACCUAGUUGCCGAAUAGGGAUUAUUAUUGGCACUGGGAGUAACGCUUGCUACGUAGAAAAGACGGAGAACUGUGAGUUGUUCGACGGCGAGCCUGGCAAGCCCGACCUGCUUAUCAACACCGAGUGGGGAGCCUUCGGCGACGAUGGGACCCUGGACUUCGUUCGCACAGAGUUCGACCGCGAGGUGGACUCCAAUUCCAUCAACCCUGGCAAACAGAUCCAAGAGAAGAUGAUAUCGGGCAUGUACAUGGGCGAGCUGGUCCGCCUGGCGCUGGUGAAGUUCACCAAGAUGGGGCUGCUGUUCGGCGGCCGCGGCUCCGACCUGCUGUUCCAGCGAGGCAGCUUCUACACCAAGUACGUGUCGGAGAUCGAGUCCGACAAGCCUGGCGACUUCACCAGCUGCAUGGAUGUGCUCGAGGAACUUGGCCUGGCCCACGCCACGGAAGCCGAUAUGGCAGCAGUGAGACACGUGUGCGAGUGCAUAUCGCGGCGCGCGGCACACCUGGUGUCGGCCGGCAUCGCCACGCUGCUCAACAAGAUGAACGAGCCGCGCGUCACCGUCGGCAUCGACGGCUCCGUCUACCGGUUCCACCCGCACUUCCACGCGCUCAUGUGCGAGAAGAUCGCGCAGCUCGUCCGGCCGGGCAUACAGUUCGACCUGAUGCUUUCCGAGGACGGCAGCGGGCGCGGCGCGGCGCUGGUGGCGGCGGUGGCCUGCCGCCAGAGGCUACAGUUCGCGUAGGCCUCAGGCCGGCCCCAGCUCGCUCGACGCUAUCGCACACCGACAAAUAACCACUAAAGCGGCGCAGGUAGCUGUUAUUCUAUUUUGAGAGGAAUCUCCGCCCGAUGCGUUGGCUCGGCCGCAGCUGACGCGACUCCGAAGUUCACUAUGCAAGAAAUCUAUUUUAAUAUUUUUGGUAAACAUCGAAAUCAUAUCAUGACGGAGAUGACGUACUUCGGCGAAUUCGUCCGACGUCAUAUUUUCAGUAACCGAUUUAUUUUUCAACUGAACGGUUGCAUAAGUAUCAUUAGGAACCCUCACGAGGAUUCGCGUGGUCUGUUCCAAUAAGCGGGCAAGGUUGCGUAAGUUAAGCGAGCGAGUUAGUACUUCGGUUAGUUGCUUUAAUAGUCUGCUUUUUAGGUUGAAAAAUAAAAUUAUUAGAGGGUUCAACCUCUCAAGCGAGCGCUGAGAGGUGAUAGCGAGUGUGAUUAAGAGUAAAAUGUUUUAAUCUUUAGAUCCUCAAUCCUUAAAUCAGCUGCUAUCGCAUGCUCGCUCUCUGGUAAAAUUAAAUUAUUUAUGUAUAUUAUUUUUCCGAAAUAAUUUAAAGAUUUUUGUCACGAUAGGCACAGUAUAACGUGUUGCAAAACUGAACCUAUUCAUACCUUAUAUUACUAAAAAUUUUAUAAGCAUGUACUUAUUCAAUUUUGUAAUCGGUCUAGUCACGAUUCAAUUAUUUUUAUAAAAAAAAACUGGCUAUCUACUUAAAAUUAAAAGGCAAUUAUAUUUUAUUACCACUUACAUACUUAACUUUACAACUUGGAUAGAAAGAAAGUUUGGAAUUUGGAAUUUGAAAAUAAUAAAUCGUGUCGGUAGAAAUUAAGUACUUACGCGUUGCAUUUUGGUUUAGAGUGCCUAUCUUAGCCAGCAGACAAUUUUAUUGGCCCCACAUUAUUAUUUUCAGUGACAUUGUACUAUUAAUUUAGCAAUAAGUAGUUUUUAAAAUAAUUUAACGGGGAGAAACUCGUGUUACAAUAAGUGAUUAUAAAACAGUUAAAAAUUGUUUGAUAAGUGUAAGAAUGGAUUUACGUUAUGUCUUCUGUUGAUAUCUGUGGGUGGAAUAGUUCUAAUUAACAAACAAUCACAUACUCUACCAGUACGAAAACUAAUUAAGAUAGGUCCAAAACAGAAUUUAAAAAGUUCAAACACCUACCUAUAUGUAAUGUUACAUAUUUAAAAUAAGCAGUUUGUACAACUAGAUUUUGACCUACAAUUGAUUGCGUUGAAAGUGUAUCCACAUGUGUGCAUAAUUUACGUGUAGAGUGACCUUUUUUGAUCAUUCCAUAUUAAUCAGAUCACCAAUGCACUUCAAGUCGCUAUUAUAAGUUACUAAAGUCCGUUGACUUGACAUCGAGUAAAUUACAAUCAUGAUUUGUAUUUAUUUUGAAAAUGUAUAAUGUUUUCUUCAACAAUGUUCAAAUAGUUUUUGGUUUCAUGGUAAACAUAAUACAAAAAAUAACGAUCGAUCUUUUGGAGACAUUUAAAAUUAUUUUAAAGUCUUAGAUACUUAUGUUGUACUUAUAAGUGUUUGAUAUUUUACUGUGAUAGAACUAGGGCUAUUUUUUUAAAGAAUUGUUUUCGUUGCCAUUCUAGUUUUCUUUGGAUAGUGUGUGUAUUGCAAAUUUAAGAAUAGCACGAAAUCAUUCAGCGAUGCAAUUCGAUGUGGCAUAAAAUGCUUUAUCGUGCUACACCAUGGUGAUGCUACAAUCAUGCACAAGAUAUUGGCCACUUCAUGAAUCAUGGUAUUAAAUACACACAUCACACCUUAAAAUAGUUCCUAGAUUAUAUUAAAAUAGGUGCAUUUUACUUUAAUAAGAGUGUCUUGUUGCACUUUUUGUUGCAUGCUCUUUUUUUGGGUUACGUGUACCUAAUUAUUAAGCAUUAAGUGUAGAGUUAGUUAAUUAUGUUUAGGUACAUACUUUUUAUUUAUAUUACCAGUUUCGUUAAUUAUUUCUUAUGAUAUGAAUCUGAUAUUAUUAUUUAAUCCCAAGUAGGUAACUUAAUUGAUAAAGUACAAAGAUAUCUUCUUUUUGAGAUCUUUAAGUACCUACCUAUAAAAUUUACAAUGAAUGGCAUUAUAUGUAUUGUACCCUCAAAUGCAAAUCAAUGAUAAUGUAUAUUACAAUUUUUGAUGAAUAUUUCUUACAGAUAAAUUAAUUACAGAUAGUCGGGUUUCAAGAUUGCUCAAGUAAAAUUGUAUUUCACAAAGCCACACAGUAACAAAAUAACUGCUGCAUCUAUCAUACUAAAAGUAUGUCCCUCCUAGAAUACAAGUUGAAAUAUCUGUUUCACGGUUUCUGUAUGACACAUUUGUCAGGAACAAUGUUUAUUUAAGUUUUAUUUUACAAAUCUUUACACCCAAACAAGGCGGGAAACAUUUGAAUAACUGAACUCUCUAGUGGGGACGAGUAUUUACAUUUAGUGUAAUUUAAAAAACUUCUAGUUACUUAUUUGUAAAAUAAGAAUAAUUACAUGAUCUUCAAUUGUUAUUGUAAAAUAAACUUAUUAGACUUUAUUAUUGUAAUAUCUAACAUACACUACAGUUUUAAGAGACAUUAAUUGAAUUGUUAACUCGAAAGGAGUACCUACUAUCUAUUAACCAGCAAAUAUCAACAUUCCAUGGGUCUCUUUCACCUACCACUACUAAUUCAAUGUUGUUUUUAUCUUAUCAUUAUUUGUAAUAAAGUAAAGGUUUAUUAAACAAAUCAUGAUAUUGAGGGAAAGCUGUAAAAAUGGAGGAAGCAGCAGAAUUCUGGUACAUAUCCUGCCCGACACUUGGGGUUAUGAAAGUUGUCCACUGUGUAAAUACUUGUCAAGGCCUGGGAGCUUUGUUUGAUAUUUGUUUAUGUACAUAACGGCAUUAAAAUAGUGUUUAUAAAAAUUGUGGUUAUUUUAAAAAGCUAACUACCAAUAAUUUUUGUAGAUAGUUAUUUUAAGAAAAUUUAUGUU